AUGCCCGGCUGCUGCACCGGCAGCGGCUCAUCCAAGACAAGGUUCGGUGGCGGCGGUGGCAGCAGCUCCGCCGCCGUUCAGCUCGCGCGGCAGCUGCAACGGCAGUGCAGCAUGUCGCCGCAGCACCAGCACGCCGGGCGGCCGCGGCGGCGGGAGGACGACGACGGGACCAGCCGGCGGAGGAGGAUGACGCGGAACCGGUCGAUGGUGGACAUGCGGAGCCAGCUGCUGCACCGCACGCUGGUGGAGGAGCUCAACCGCCUCCUCUUCUUCAACACCGUCGGCGCCGUCGAGAACAUCGGCUUCCGCGCGCCCACCACCACCUCGCCCUCCGCCUCGUCGUCGUCCGCGUCCGCGGCCGCGCGUGGUGGCCUUGACCGCGGCAUCAGGAGAUCAUCAGGCGGCAAGCAGCAGCUGGACGAUAAGCAGCAGUACUUCAUCCUUUAG